AUGGUCAACAAACAGGCCCAAGAUGCUUGCCAGACAAGUCUUGACGGCGUAACAAGUAACCCAGACACCGGAAUCGCCGGCAUGGUAUUUGUUGCCGUUGACAAAGAAGGCAACGAGAUAUGCGCCGUCCCAUCUGGCAAGAAGGGCGUUGGCGAGAAGCGCGAGAAGAUGGACAUGGAAACUGUCUUCUGGAUCGCCAGCUGUACCAAGUUGUUGGCCACUAUGGCAUGUAUGCAGGCUUGCGAGCAGGGGAAGCUGAGUCUCGAUGAUGCCGAGCAGGUUAAGAAGUUGUGCCCGGAACUUGCGAAGGUGAAAGUGUUGAAGGAUGAUGGGACGUUGGAGGAUCGGAAGACGGAUAUUACGUUGAGAAUGCUCCUAACUCAUAUGGCUGGUUUUGGCUACGAAUUUUUCAAUCCCAAACUCAGGGACUACGGCAGGCCGGUUGGGUACGACGUGUUCCACGCAGAUGAGCGAGAUGUCCUUAAGAUGCCGCUGGUCAACCAACCGAACACCGUCUGGGAGUACGGGAUCAACAUCGACUGGGCUGGGAUAGUGCUCGAGCGCGCCACUGGUGUGAAGCUCAACGACUGGAUCCAGCAGAACAUCAUGCAACCCCUUGGCCUCAAGAACAUCAACAUGCUUCCAACCCCGGAGAUGAAGAAGUCCCUGGCGUACAUGCAUCAGAAGUGGCCCGGACAGGAGAAGAGUGAAGAACGCGACCACAUGUACCGUGAGCCGGUUGUUGCCGAGAGCGAUACCGAGAAGGAGCGGAUCUUCCACAGCGGAGGCGCUGGAUGUUUCGCGAGGCCAAAUGAGUAUGUGCAGGUCUUGGCCACGCUACUCAAUAAUGGCAAGAGCCCGAAGACUGGAGCGCAGAUCUUGAAAUCUGAGACUGUGGAUGCCAUGUUUGAGAACCAGAUCAAGGAGCAGCCCAAUUUUGCGCGGAACCCGGUUCCUGCGGCGAAGCCGGAGCAGACGAAUGCUUUUCCGGAGCUGUAUCCGCAGGAAGGUGAGAUGCUGUUCCCUCGUAUUUGGAGUUUUCGGUUGGCUGAUUGUACCUUCUUAGGAAACCCACCACAAGGCUGGGGCCUGUCGUUCAUGAUCACGCAAGAACCAGGUGUAACGGGAAGAGGAAGGAACACGGCCUGGUGGGCUGGUAUCGCGAACCUGUUCUGGUGGUGCGACAGAGAGAAGGGUGUUGCCGGGAUGAUCGCCAGCCAGGUCAUGCCGUUCGGCGACUUGAAUGUUAUGGGGCAGUGGUUCGCCUGUGAAGGUGAGGUGUACAAGGCUGUGUCGCAGUAG